UUUCCGUCACUUUUUUCAUUCUUACUUUCUGUUCUUGUUUUUUUUAUCUUUGAAACGACAAAAAAAAAACAUAUUCCUUGGGCAUAUUUUUCUUUAUUACUACUAUUUUUCUUUAUUCCUUCCACAUAAUUACGUAUCGCUCAUCCCUCUCCCACAUAGUCACUUUAUAUAUACUUUUAUUUAUUUCGUUGCGCUGGUCGUACUUUUCAUUACAACAAUGAGCACUCGACUAUUACUAUUACUCGUGCUUAUAAUCCGAACUAUAACCAUGGCUCUCGGUCUACCAGUAUCUGGGACGGAUGAAGGCGAAGUCGGCGAAAUAGACAAUAAAGCAGAGGUCAUAACAGCAGGCGGGCCCGGUGCUCCAGUCAACACUAUUCCCCAGGGAACCAGCAAAUGCUCAACAGGAUGCGGUAUCGGUAUCGGUAUUGGUUGCGCGGUGGCCGUGUUGCUGUUUUCGUUCAUCUUUGUCAUGGCGCGUAGACAUAAGCGGCAAUUGCAUCAUUUAUGGAUGUAUAAAAGAUGGGAGUCUAAGCAUAAGGAGUUGCCUGAUAAGCCUGUGCCUGUGCCUCCUACGCCUUCCAAAAUCUAAAUAAUCAAAGUCAUUUAUCCCCUUUUAUUUUCCUAAACUAGCAUGCCUUUUCGUUCCUUUCUUUCACUUCAUUAAUCGUAAAGCUUUUUCAUACAU